CAAACAAGGCAAUAUCCGUUUCUUUGGAAUUUAUCCCGAAAUUGAUAUUGCAUGCAUCCGUAUUUUGGCUCUAUUAUCACCAAACCAAGAAACGUGGCAGCGGCUGUCAUGGCAGUUGUGUUGAUUGUCAAAUAAAUGCUGUCUGUGUUUCCGUCCUACAUAGGAACAAUAUUCGAUGUGAUGUUGCAUGAAAUAUUUCUUUACUCACAUACAAGUUCCCAUAAUCAACAAUGCGAAGCUUCUUAUACGUCGUGGGAGUUGCGUCUCUCCUGAGCCAUGCUCUUGGCCAGGAAUCGGUCAAGUACUACGAUGCCCUGACCGGCUUCACCUUUUCUCGAUAUGACAGCGGCAGAGGUGUAUCCUUUGGCAUCGCCAUCCCAGGCAACGUCACCCGCGGCGAGCCCUACGAUGCCGUGAUACAGAUGACGGCAAGCAAGGACAUUGGCUGGUACGGCAUAGCCUGGGGCGGAUCCAUGACGUACAACCCACUCUCCUUGGCGUAUCCGAACGGCGACGACGUGACAUUGAGUGCGCGUAUGGCUUUCGGCUAUUUUCCUCCAGUCACCUACUCAGACGCCACCCAUCAAGUCCUGCCCACCGGCACUUUUGUCAACGAAACGCACUGGCAGGUGACGGCGAAGUGCACGGGCUGCACGCAAUGGGGCGACGACGACGUUGGCGUCACCUACCUGGAUCCGAGUGAGGACCAGUACCUGGCCUACGCCCUCUCCACUACGCCCGUCGACAACCCGGCCGACCCCGAGUCGUCCUUUAGCAUUCAUUCCCAGACGGGACACUUUGUUCAAAACUUUGCCCGAGGUGCAAAUGAGGACUUUGAGGAUCUGGUACAAAGGAACUUGGGGGAUGCGGACGUGGCUGAGGGUGGAGCUAGGUAAUGGGCUGUUGAGGUUGCAAGUACCGGCGAGCAGGUCAGUCCCCUUCGCGGCAGCGCAUAUAGCGCCGCACGCAAUGGGAAAAAGGUGACCAUACAACCUCUGAUGAGGUUGCUCAAGGUCUAGUGGCGAUAGCUGUUCACAGAAACUCAAGGUAACUUGGGUCUAGACUGUGUGAGAUGAAAUUUCGAAUGAGGAGUUAAGUUAUAAAGAGUUGGUGUGUGGUUAAUCUCGAAGUGUUGGUUGGUG